AUGUGCUAUUUAAAUGUUAGCUAUUAAUAGUAAUGUGAUGCCUGAUAGUAAUAUCCCACAUUCCUGGAUGGAGGGGAAGAUAAUCAUUAUGAAUGUCAUUUAUUUAUUGGCUGUUCUGAGUCAGGAAUCAUAGAGACAAGCAUGUCGUAUAUGAACAAUCCUGAGACGCUCGAGGCACAAGAAAUAUCCCCUUCCUUUUGCUUAAUCAAAUCAAAUCCAGCUUCAAGCCCUCGUUUUCCAAGAUGUGGAGCUGGACCUCCAGCGGAGUGUGCAGGCAGUGCUCCGGGAGCUCAGCAGCCAGGCCCCAGCCCUGCAGAACAACCAAGCCAGGCAUGUGGAGAUGGUCCCUGCACAAGAAGGUCGAGCGAGAUCCUGGUAAGAGUCCGGUGCUGGUCCGCAUUCUGCUCAGAGAACUGGAAAAGGCAGAAAGCGAAGACCUCCGGCAUGUCAUCAUUCCCCUGCUGCAUACCCUCCUGUACGUGCUCACUAAGGCCACCGGCAUCACGGAGGAGCUGUACCGGAGAACCUACAACUUUUGCACGAGGCUGCUAACCCUGCCCGCCCCCUACUGCACAGUAGCCUUGGACUGCGCCAUCAGGCUGAAAACAGAGACAGCUGUCCCAGGGACACUGUACCAAAGGCUGGUCAUUGCCGAACAGAACCUGACAAGUGAGAUGUACCCCUACCAGGAGAGAGUGUUCCUCUUCGUGGAUCCUGAGUUGGUAUCUCCCUCCGUGUGCAGCGCCCUGCUGCUGGAGAUCCAGGCGGCCCAGGCGCAGCAGACCCCGGAGGCCUGCAUGCGCCACGUGGUCUCCCACGCCCUGCAGGCUGUGCUUGGGGACGCCUGCCAUGCAAGUGCCCUGCAGAGGAAGCUGAAGGCCAGCCCUCGCCACGCCCUGGAGCGCUAUUUCCACGCCGUGGUGGCGGCCGUGGAGCAGAUGGCCGGCGAACCCAACCCGAACCGGGAGGGACACCUGGAGAGACUAGAGGAGAUUUACUGCUCGCUGCUGGGGCCGGCGGCGGCCGCCACGGAGAGCUGCUGCGGUGACCCCCUGCAGGACCCGCAGCCAAGCAUCCCUCUGCCCAGCCCCCACAUCACCUUCCACCUGUGGACCGAUGAGGAGCAGCUCUGGAAGGAGCUGGUACUCUUCCUGCGCCCGCGGUCCCGGUUGCGCCUCAGUGCUGACUUGGAGGCCUUGGAUCUGCAGGGCCUCUGGCCAGACCGGGAGCUGGCCCGGGCGUCCCUGCUGUCCACCGACAGUGGCAUCGAGCGGGACCUCCCUGCAGGGGCCGACGAGCUGCCUGUCCCCAGCAGCCCUGAGAUGGAGCGUGCCGGGCUGCAGCGCAAAGGAGGCAUCAAGAAGCGGAUGUGGCCCCCCGACAUCUUGAUGCCUGCGUGCUGGGACGGGCCCCAGGGGCUGCACCGCAGGACGGGCAUGCCCAGUGGGGAUGGGGAGCUACUGCCCGGGGUCUCCCGGCUCCACACGGCCAGGGUGCUGGUGCUGGGCGAUGACAGGAUGCUGGGGCGCCUGGCCCAGGCCUACCACAGCCUCAGGAAACGAGAGACCCAGAAGUUUUGCCUCACCCCCAGACUCAGCCUGCAGCUCUACUACAUCCCCGUGUUGGCGCCCGAGGAGCUGCCAUCAUGCAGACAUUCAGAGCUCAGAGAGCUGGCCACGUUCCUGGGCCGCGCAGACCCGUGGUACCAGAGCACCGUCAACACGCUAUGCCCGGCCAUCCACAAGCUGGCAGAGAUGCCCCCUUCCCUGGACACAUCCCGGACUGUGGACCCCUUCAUCCUGGAUGUCAUCACCUACUACGUUCGCAUGGGCACCCAACCCAUCUACUUCCAGAUCUAUACUGUCAAGAUCUUCAGGGACCUGAGCCAAGACCCCGCAGAGGACAUUUUCCUCACUGAGCUGAAGGUGAAGAUCCAAGACUCCAAAUUCCCCAAAGAUGGCUUUGCACCCAGGAGGAAGGGCGCGGCCGAGGGCCCAGGGGCCGAGCUGUCCAUCUGCUACCAGAAGGCCCUGCUCAGCCACCGCGCCCAAGAGGUCUCCAGUUCCCUGCGGGCCACUGGGCUGGUCCUGAAGGCCCUUCCAGCCAGUGACACUGAGGGUUCAGGGCCCACCCACGCCCCCCCAUCUGCUGCUCCAGUCAUAGACCACAGGUACCUGAAUGUCAACGUGAUGGAGGUGGUCAAGUCCUCCAACUUGGCGGGCAGGUCCUUCUCUACGGUGAUGAACACCUUCCGGACAGCCACCAUCCAGAUCCAGAGCCAGGACCAGAGGCUCCUGACGCUGCUGCUGGACAAGGACAGUCGGCGCACGUACAGGGAUGUGGUCAGGUUCGAGGUUGCUCCCUGCCCAGAGCCGUGUUCCGGGAUGCACAAGUCCAAGGCGCCGUGGCUCGGUUCACCCCAGCCGGAGGUGGAAGGGACCAAAGCCAAGCCCAAGCCCCUUCUGAUGCCCAUCAACACGUUCUCCGGCAUCGUCCAGUGAGCCCGAAGGGGCGGCAGAAGUGCUGAAUCUGAGAGCCCCAGACCAAGAGGAAGGAUACACUACCCCGCCAGCCUCCCAACCCUCACAUCAGCAGCCGGGACAAGGCCUGGCUGCCCUGGGUGGCUUCUGGCUGUGAGUAGGAGCCAGCGAGUGACCGGAGCACAGGGAGCUCGGCCGUGGCAGGUGAUGGUGCAGGGCCCACACCCAGGCCCAAAGAUGGCCCCCACAAAGCUGCACACACACACAAGCAAGACCCAGCUCCGAGCACAAAUGUCCACAUGCCUUCAUUUAUUUUUAGGCCCCUCCUCUCCCACUCAAGCUCCCCCCUCGCCCCUUAAAACCCAAGUGAGAGCUGCUAUCUUGUCCAGGGUCCCGUGGCCUGGGGGGAAAUGGGAAGCAGGGCAAAGGCACCUCGUCUCUCCUGAGUCUGUUCCUUUCCUCCCUCUAGCCAUCACCCACGCCCUGCGUGCCCAGGCAGGUUUCUCUCCUGGAGGAGAGGAAAAUAUCAGAUUCAAUAAAAGCACACUAAAGCACUUUUG